GAAUUGACAGAAAUAUAAUUCAUCCUCGCCUACCAACCUUCCUACCCCUAAGAUGACAAAAUCUGGUUAUGUAAAUGCUGUAAUUCGUUCAUCUAAGUCCAAUGAAGCUUACUUUUUCAUCAAUGAUAAGUACGCGCUGUUGGACUAUGGAGUAACCGGCAAAAGCGGAGGAGAUAAACUUUUGUAUGGGCCUACUCUUGUCCGUGAUGGUUUUAAAUCACAUGCUCAUACAAUAUUUGGAAGCUAUGGAAUUGAUUGUGCCUUUGACACCGAUAACAACGAGGCAUUCAUCUUUUAUGAAAAUUUUUGUGCUCUCAUAGACUAUGCACCACACUCCGACAAAGACAAAAUAAUCACUGGUCCUAAGAAAAUUGCCGACAUGUUUCCUUUUUUCAAAGGAACCGUAUUCGAAAAUGGAAUAGACGCUGCAGUAAGAUCAACUGUGGGCAAAGAAGUUCACUUAUUCAAAGGAGACAAGUAUGCUCGUAUAGACUAUGGCACCAACCGUCUAGUACAAGGUAUCUUGUACAUCACCGAUAGUUUUGAGGGUUUCUCUGGCACAUUCUUUGAAGCUGGAAUGGACGCAGCAUUUGCUACUCACACAGCAAAUCUAGCCUACAUUUUCAAAGGAGAUUACUAUGUAGCUGUCUCUUUUACCCCAGGAUCAUCAUCAAAUGGCACCAUGUUAGGUCCUGUCGCCCGAAUUAGCAAACAUUGGACUGCUCUUACUGCCCUUGUACCUCUAAAGAAUUAAGCAGUCAUGGCCUUCACAGUCACAGCUAUGAUCAUAAUGCUAAAACACAUGCAUCAAUGAUUUAAGAAUAAAGACACUUAUUUAUCUUUGCUUUCUGCUCAUCAAUAAUUUAUGUAAUGUGUGUUUCAUUGUUUAAUUUGCUUUCGUUUCUCAUCAAUAAUUUAUGUAAUAUGUGUGUUUCAUUGUUUAAUUUGCAU